CUUGCGUGUGAUGUAACUUUGGCGCCGAAUUAUUCGCGCAUAUUUAUCCACUUCCAUUUAUGAAAGUAUUCUAGAGUGAGAAUUUAUUGAAAGCUUAAUAUUCUGAAGAGAUUUUACUUUUCAUUAAAUAUGCAGCGAAGUAUAUCGUCCUUCUUUCAGCCAGUGAGGUGUAAGGAGAAGGAUGGCAUGCCCAAGGGAGCAUCUGAGUCAGUUAAAAGCCCCCUCAAACCUCAGAACAUUGAUAAGGAAUAUGAUUCACCAGUGAAGAGAAGUAAGCGGAGCCGAGCAAUCAUAGACAGUGAUGAUGAAGAGCAGCAGAUGGUAAAAGAGGUUUCCCAACAAAAUGGAAAGCAAACAGCCACACCAGACAAAGAGACGGUUGGCCUUGUUAAGGAUACGACCAGUCCGCAUUCACCAAAUCCUGUUGUUACCCUGCCAACCCCUGCUGUUUCAGUAACUUCUGGCACCCCUGAAAUGCCUGUUACCCCAAAUUCCACUUCACCCUCCAGCAUCCCAAAACGCAAGACUGCCCGUAAGCAGUUUCCCAAGAGGAAAUUGGACAGCAGGAGAGAUGGAGAGGGAGAAAAAGAGGAGGAACAAAAAGAGACAAGGGGAGGACAGGAGAGUAAACGAGCAAAAAUAGAAGGAUUUCCUGAAAAGAUGGGGAAUGAGGAGUCUAUGGAGGUGAAGCAAAAGAACAGAAGUACGGUCAAGAAAGAACUACUGAUGGCAAAGGAUGAGGGAAACAUGAAUGUGACUAAUGCUGAAAAAGAGUAUAAAAAACAAAAUGAUGAAAUGGAAACUGAACAGGAAGGAGAGAAUGAUUUACUGAAUGGGAAUAAUAAAGAAAUGAAAAAGGUAACAAAGGAGGAAAAAUGCAGUCCUGAAAGAGUGAUGAAGACAGAGAAGGAUGCAGAGGAGGAGAAGAGAGAGGGAUCUGCCAAGAAAAAAACCAUUAACAGUUUCUUUGCACCCAGAAAAGCUGCAGUGAAGUUGGAAAAAUCAGACGAGAAAAGUGAUGUUGAGAAAAAGGAUGGUGAGAAGCCUGCGGCUGCUACUGCUUCCGAUGAGAGAGAAAUGCAAGGUGAGAAGGAUAUGGAACCUGCCAGCCAGAGCCAAUAUGAUCCUUCGAAAGCUCACUACCAUCCCAUAGAUGAUGCUUGCUGGAGGAAGAGACAGAGAGUUCCAUAUCUGGCUGUUGCUCGGACCUUUGAGAAGAUUGAGGAAGAUUCGGGCAGGUUGAGAAACAUUGAAACUCUGUCCAACCUUCUGCGCUCUGUUAUCCUACUCUCUCCAGAUGACCUCUUGUGCUGCCUGUACCUGUGUCUGAAUCAGCUUGGCCCUGCCUAUCAGGGGCUAGAGCUAGGCAUAGGGGAAACAGUACUGAUGAAGGCUGUUGCCCAGGCAACUGGGCGUCAGCUGGACAAAAUCAAGAUGGAGGCCCAGGAAAAAGGUGACCUAGGAUUGGUAGCUGAGAGUUCCCGUAGCAACCAGAGAAUGAUGUUUACACCAGCAAAUCUGACUGCAGUGGGCGUGUUCAGCAAACUAAAGGAGAUUGGCAACAUGAGUGGAAAUUCUGCAAUGAAUAAGAAAAUUGACAUCAUCAAGGGUCUGUUUGUAGCUUGUCGUUUCUCAGAGGCCAGAUACAUUGUACGGUCAUUGACAGGCAAACUGAGGAUUGGAUUGGCUGAGCAGAGUGUUUUAGCUGCUCUGAGUCAAGCAGUAUGUCUGAGUCCACCAGGUCAAGAAUUCCCACCAGCUGUGAUUGAUGCAGGAAAGGGGAUGAGUGCGGAGAGCAGGAGAGCAUGGUUCGAGGAAAAAGGACUCAUCCUUAAACAGACUUACUGUGAAAUGCCAAAUUAUGAUGUCAUCAUCCCUGUUGUGUUGAAGUUGGGCAUAGAUGAACUGCCCAAUCACUGCAAACUUACUCCAGGUGUGCCCCUGCGCCCCAUGCUGGCCCACCCAACUAAGGGAGUAGGGGAAGUGAUGAAAAGAUUUGAUGAAGCUGCUUUCACCUGCGAAUACAAAUAUGAUGGAGAGCGAGCGCAGAUUCACAUUCUUGAGAGUGGUGAGGUUCGUAUCUUCAGCCGAAACCAGGAGGACAACACCAGCAAAUACCCUGAUGUCAUUUUGCGGAUCCCACAGAUAAAGAAGGAAUCUGUGCUUAGCUGCGUGUUGGACUCUGAGGUGGUUGCAUGGGACAGAGAGAAAAAGCAGAUUCAGCCAUUUCAAGUUCUUACCACACGCAAAAGAAAGGAUGUGGAUGCAUCUGAGAUUAAGGUGCAGGUUUGUGUGUAUGCCUUCGACCUGCUGUACUUAAAUGGAGAGUCUCUGGUACGGGAGCCACUGAGUAAGCGUCGAGCUUUGUUAAGGCAGAGUUUCAUGGAGAAGGAGGGAGAGUUUGUCUUUGCUCGUUCUCUUGAUUCUGAUAACACUGAAACUAUCGCAGAGUUCCUGGAGCAGUCCAUACGAGACUCUUGCGAAGGAUUGAUGGUGAAGACCCUGGAGAAAGAUGCCACUUAUGAAAUUGCCAAACGCUCUCAUAACUGGCUUAAGACCAUCGCAUCGGACAAAGUGCUGGGGGCCAUUUUGUCCCAGGUGGUGGAGAGGGAGGAGCGCCCGAUGUUGUACGUCAGCCACAAGCUCUCCAUGCGAGAGUCAAAGUACAGCACCAUGGAAAAGGAGUGUCUGGCAAUCAAGUGGGCGGUUCUCUCUCUCUCUAGUACUACCUGCUUGGACGCCCAUUCAGCCUCUAUUAUGACCAUGCCCCACUCUAGUGGCUCCACUGCAUAGACACCAACAUGUGGAUCACUCAUUGGUACCUGGCCCUUCAACCCUUUACAUUCAAUGUGGUCCACAGGCUGGGGGCACAGAUGGUAGUAGCGGAUUACUUCUGCCGCCGGGGGGGUCAGCUGCAGGCUGGACGGCUCCCCGGCCUGAGUCAGGCAGUGGGGGGUAUGUGGCAGCAAGGGUGUGGUUGAGCGUGGUCUGUGAACGGUGAGGAGUCAGGUUGAACCAGCAGGUCAUGUGUGACAAGGUACAGCUGUGUCUAAUUACUGGCUGUCUAUUAACGUGUGUCUUUUACAUAGCCAGUACCAAAAGAGAGCGCUGUAUCUCUCCCAUGUGCAUGUCUGUGUGAGAACAGGAAAGUCACUGAAAAGGGUAGAGUAAAUAAAAAGCACCCAUUUGAAUUCCAGCAUCUGUUCCCAGUUCCUCAUUUCCCACUCUCAAAGAUUUAAGACUGCUUUGUCAUUGUGUAAGAUACACAACGAAAUUCAGUGCACUGCCUUACGAAACGGUCCUCAAUGUAUACAUACAUAAAAGAUGCAAUAUUUACAAAAAAGAUAUAUACAGACAUAAGGAUUUACAAACAAGAAAGAUGUACAAUCUACAGACAUUCACAUAACAUACACUGAGCACUUGGUCAUAAGUAUUGCACUGGUACUAGGUAUUGUGCUAAUGGAUAUUGCACAAUAGAGGGUAAUGCACUUGAUAAUAGAUAAUGAUAAGAAAAAAUAUUGCACUAAAUGUGGGUAGCUUGACACAUAAUUGGUUGCUGUAUGUGUUUGUGACUUCAGAGUUCAGUGUGGUGGUAGAGUUGAUAUCAAAAAUGUUUCUGAAUCUUGUGGUGAGUGCUUUGAUUGUUCUGUAGUGCUUGCCUGAGGGCAGACAUUUGAAGAGCUGAUGGGUGGGGUGGGAUUAGUCCUUUAGGAUGCAGUGUGGUGUCCCCCCCGCACGCAGCAGGAUGUGUAUAUAUCCUCAAGAGCAGGCAGUUGCUUGUUGAUUUUUUUUUCUGCAGUUUUUAUGACUCUGUAGUGCCUUGUCAUCUGCUGCAGAGCUGUUACCAUAUCAAGAUGCUAUUUGUGAGGACACUCAAUGGUACAGCGGUAGGAGGACAUCAGCAGCUGUUGGGACAGGUUGAUUUUCCUGAGUUCUCAGGGAAUAGUGUCUUUGUGCUUUUUUUUUUAACAAGGCAGUGUGUGUGUUGUAUGUCUACAUCAAGUCCUCUGAUAUGUGUGAACCCAAGAACCUGAAACUAGAGAUGCUCUCCACCUCUUCUCCAUUUAUAUUCAAUGGCAGAUGAAUAUCCUGAUGUCUUCUGAAAUCAACUGUCAGCUCCUUGGUCUUUUUGGUAUUCAGAGCAAAGCUGUUCUCAGCAUAUCAGCCCGUCAGCCUCUGAACCUCCUCUCUGUAGGCAGACUCCUCUCCAGUGAUCAGUCCCACCACUGUUGUGUCAUCUGCAAAUUUUAAGAUGGUGUUUGUGCUGUGCGAUGGUAUGCAGUUAUGCGUGUACAGAGAGUACAGGAAAAGGCUCAAAACACAGUCCUGUGGGGUUCUUGUGCUUAGCGAGAGAGGGGAGGAGCAGUGAGGGCCCAUCCUGACUGUGGCCAGUUACUUAAAAAGUCCAGUAUCCACAGGCAUAUGUUGUGAUGGAGGCCUAGGUCAAACAUCUUGUGGAACAGUCUAUUGGGGAUGAUUGUGUUAAAUGCACAGCUGUAAUCCACAAACAACGAUCGUGUAUAUGCUCUUUGUUGUUCCAAAUGGUGCAGUCCAGUGUGGAGGGCAAUGGAGAUGGUGUCAUCUGUUGAUUCUGUAUAUGAACUAAUGAGUGUCCAGAGUAAGUGGGAGAGCGUCCUUGAUGCAUUUGGGUACCAGUCUCUCCAUGCACUUCAUGAGUAUACUGUAGGUGUCAGAGCUACUGGCCGGUAGUUGUUGAGGUAUGUUGUUAUGGACUGCUUUGGAAAUGGCACUAUGGUAGAUGUCUUCAGACAGGUGGGGACAGUGCACUGUGAUAGGCUUAAGAUAUUUGUAAAUACCUCAGUUAAUUCCAUAACAGUCUUUGAGGACCCGUCCUGGGACACCAUCCGGGCCAGCUGCUUUCCAUAUAUUUGUUACGGAGUGUGCAUGUAACAUCUGCAGAUUGUAUGAUGAGGCAGCUCGUGUCUGUGGCUGGAACAGUGGUCAUGAUGGUCCUUGUGCUGUCCCUCUCAUGACUACUGAAGAAGUGGUUGAGUUGCUCUGCCAGUAAGGCACUGUUGCUCCUGGAGGUCAUGUUGGUGUUUUGAGUUGUGAUGUGAUGUAUACCUUGUCAUGCCCGACGGGGGUCCGUGUUGUUAGAGUGGCCCUCAAUCCUCCUUCUGUAGGCUGUUUUGGUCUCUCUGAUACCUCUUUGCUGUUCCGACCUGGCAACACUGUACUGCUGUGUCCCCCCAGCCUUGAAAGCCUUGUUGCAGGCCUUUAGCAGUACUCAGACGUCUUUUGUGAUCCAUGGCUUGUCAUUGGGGAAGAUAUGGAUUUGUUUUGUGGUAGUCACAGUAUCCAUGCAGUUCAUGUAAAAGAGGAUAGUGGAAGUGUUGGUGUUAAGGUCCUCAUACUCAAACAUGGUCCAGUCAGUGUGACUGAAGCAGUCCUGAAGCUGUUCAAAAGCUCCACUUUGCCACACUUGUAUAACUCUCGUUGUUGGUUUAACUGUGUUGAUAAUGGGUCUGUGUCCCGGAGUUAGGAACAGGGAGAUGUGGUCAGACUGGCCCAGAUGUGGAAGAGGAGAUGCCUUAAACAUAUGCCUAAUGUUGAUAUAAACAUGGUCUAGUGUGUUUUUUCCUCUUGUGGAGCACUGGACAUGUUGAUGGAAUUUUGGGAGGACAGUCUUUAGGUUUGCAUGGUUAAAAUCGUGUGCUAUUACAAACACUCCUUUCAGAUGCACAUUCUGUUGUUUGUUAAUCACAUCUAGUAGAUAGCCUAAUGCAGCUGCAGUGUUAGCAUCAGGAGGUAUGUAUACAGUAGUGAUUUAUGACUACUGUAAAUUCCCUACUGUGAAUAGAAGGGACGGCACUUAAAUGUUAAAUACUCCAGGUCUGCAGAGCAGUGGGAGUCAGUGAUCUUAGCAUUUGUACACUAGUUGUUGUUUGUGUAAACACGAAGUCCGCCUCCUCUGUUCUUACUGGAGUCUAGCAUCCUAUCGGCUUGGUGUGUAGCACGGCCUGCUAGCUUGAUAGCCUCCUCUGGAAUCAUUGGGUUUAACCAUGUCUCCAUAAAGUUCUUACAAUGAUUGAAUCUAAAACUUAUAAGUUAACGAAAUCUAUUUCUUUUACAUCACCAUUCACUAGUUACUGCUGACAAAUUUACUGGGUAAGUCCUUUCUC